CUACAUAGCUAAACACUUUUUACUUUAGUUAUACAAACAAGCAACUGUUGUGCUGUGAAUAUCUUGUCGGUAAAAAUUUCAUAAUGAAUCUGGAUUAAUAAGUUAUUAUUUUUAGUUUGAAUUCUUCAUUCAGAGUCUGUAGGUAGGUUUAAAAAUGUCAAUCAUUCAAGUCAAAGGAGCUGGAGGAACAGUCGGCCUUGACAGAACAUCAUUUGUAGGUGCACGCACGCCACAUGAGAUACAAGCAAUGAUCAAACCUCUUGCCAAAUUGGACAAACUUAUGUUCACCAAAAUUUUGAAAGUGAUAGUUUCAGCAAUUCUAGGAACAAAACCAAAUUACCAAAGCAUACAAACUCUUCUCAAAGAGAACCUAACAGAGGAAACAUUUGCUGUGAUAUAUUGCGGCAUCGAUAAACUUGUGAGACUGGCUCUAAAAAUACCAAGCGCCUCACUGCGUAAAGAGUACUUUCUACAAGACCUUACAGAUUUACAAAUUCCGGCAGAAUUUCAUGAGGAUUUGGCCACUUGCAUCUUUGGCCCAGUGAGAGCUCAGAUUGAUGAGCAGUUGACCUCAGACAGGCCCAGGUUCCCAUCUCUAGAGCAUCUGGACUGGAGAGUUGAUGUUGCUAUAUCUACUGGAGUUUUGAAUAGAGUACUCGUCCGAGGUGUUACUAUGGAUAUGUCCUUGUCAGAUGGAAGUGUUAAAAAUUUUGAGAUGUCUGUGUCCAAGUUUCAAGACCUGAGGUUUCAAGUGGCGUCAGUUCUUAGUGAAAUGGAAAAACUUGAAAAACGAAGUAUACUGAAAAUCAAAGACUGAGAUGUAUAAAGUACUUACUUUGCUGAAAUAAUUUUUCUUUUAAUGUGUCUGAGUGUUUGGAUAGUGAUAUUUUUCAAGUUGAAGAAUAGCAAAUUAUGUCUUAUAUUUGGAGUUGUGAAUGUCCUGUUUGAGAUACUAGUGGACCAUUUGUUAGUUUUUUAUAAUGUUUAUGUAAAGAAGAAAAUUUAUAAACUGUAAUAUGAAAUUCAUGUUAAAAUAAUGUUUACUGCUUUGUUUUGCUGAAAAGCUUAUUUAAAAUAUGUAUUGCUUAUAAUAAUUAAAGUCAUAAUUUUAAAUAUUUAAACCAGAUUGUCCAUGGGCAUAUGAGGUAGAGGUCUUGUUUCUCCAACAGCUUUUAUAAAAUGAUACUGUGGUCAGCACUAUGCCCAGCUGUCUUUACUUUCCCUACCCAAGCCAGAUAUCUGUCACGUCUUGGUGGGAUAACUAGUCUGAUUACCUGUUUUUCCAAAAUCGUUCAUAAAACUUUUAUAGUUAAUAUUUGUUCUUGGCCAUCAGACUAUAGUUUUUAGGAAAAUGCAUCUAAAAUUUCAUAGGAUGUAAUUUACUCAAUAAAACUGUUCUAAAUAAUUUAGUUUAUUAUAACAUGUUAAAGAGCAUUAAAUUAAUGAUGCGCAAUCUAAAAUUUUUUUUCAUUUUUGAGAUAGAACAAAAUACAAAUACAAUUAAAAAGUUUAAGUUUAAAAACUUUAAAUAUUGAAUUUCAAAACACUUUUAUAGCCAGUUACGAUAGCUAUUCCAGAUGUAUUAUGUACUUAAGUAUGAAUGCCGUCUUCUGGUUUUGAAUCUGAUUGUCUUUGGUCUUUAAUUUGCAUUGUUUCUCACCUUUCUUUGCAAAAAUUAACUUUUUUUAACAGAACAAGUAAUGUUUUACUAUUUUUUUUAAAAGUAGGCCUAUGUAGUAAAAUUGAAUGUUUAUUCUGUAAUUUAGAUUUAAUGUAUAAAUAAAAUGAAUGCAGGAGUCAGUAAUUUGCUUUGACUUAAAAUGUUUUAUACAAUAUUAAAGGAAGUUUUUUUUAUAGCAAAAACAAAAAUGAACAUGUAAAUGUAAGUAAACAUGUGAAUUUAAUACUGAUUGAAUAUAUUAUAUACAAUAAUUGAAUUAAUUGUUUUUAUAAUCGAAAUGUAUUAAAAACAUUAA